AUGCCUUUGUCUGCUUCGUCGUCCAUCGUUCUGGCUGAAGAGGGCGUCGCCGCGUCUGUGUGUGACCGCUGUUCGUUGUGCUACGACCCUAACUUUGGCUGCACGACGCUGUACGACAAAAAUUCGUGCGUGUUUCCCGACCAAACGUGGUGUGCCUACUACGUGUACUCGCAGCAAACGAUAUUGCAGCCGUCGUCGGCCGCGUCUCCCGCUGCAGCAAAUGCAGCACCUGCUGGGACUCGAAGACCACCAGAUGUGUGGCGUCGUCGGCCAUUGGGCAAUGCGUUCAGCUCGGCCCAAGUCUGGUGCGGCGACGUGCGCAAGCAGUGCGGCGCGUGCCACGGCUGCCUCGACUCAACCACGAAAGAGUGCAAGCCGGACACGGUCGACACUUGUUCGAGCGCUGGUCAAGUGUGGUGCUCGCCGUUGACGCCGUGGAGGCAACCGAAAAGCCUCGUGAUCGAUUACAACGAAUGGUACAACGGCAAGAGUUGGGGCGAGCGUCCAGCGUCGCUCCUUUGUGACUGGCCCCCCAUCGACUCCACGUGCUUUACGGACCCGUUCGUCAAGGCGUCCAACCGGUGGAUCCAUUUGCCCAUGGCACCUUCUUCGUCUAGUGCAAUGGUGGCGUCGGAGCUUGUGGCGAGCGAACCGACACUGUCCGACGGUCCAGUUUCGUGCAACCCAGACCCGCGAUACAUUGACAUCUCCAGACCCGGCUGGUGGGGCGUUGGCAACUGGCCUCCAACGAUCUGCAAGCCCAACCUGCUAACUGUGCCGUCGUGGCGAUGGUUGUGGAACGAAGCGAGUGAAGGGGCAAACAGCGAGCAGCAGCCGCAAGACGACGACAAUACGCUCGACUUUCCAUUCCUUUCGUGA